GAGCAGCACCAUGCAGCUGAAUUUCAGUGGCCUUCGGGCCCUGGUGACAGGAGCAGGAAAAGGGAUUGGACGGGACACGGUGAAGGCCCUUCAUGCCUCAGGAGCCAGAGUGGUGGCCGUGAGCCGCACCAACGCCGACCUGGUCAGCCUCUCCAAGGAGUGCCCCGGGAUAAAGCCUGUGUGCGUGGACCUGGGUGACUGGGAGGCCACGGAGAAGGCUCUGGGCGGUGUGGGCCCCAUGGACUUGCUGGUGAACAAUGCCGCCGUGGCACUGAUGAGGCCCUUCUUGGAGGUCACCAAGGAGGACUUUGACAGGUCCUUCAGUGUGAAUCUGCGGGCUGUGUUCCAGGUGUCCCAGAUCGUGGCCCGGGGCAUGAUCAACCGUGGAGUGCCUGGCUCCAUUGUCAAUGUCUCCAGCAUGGUGGCCCAUGUCCCCUUCCCCAGCCUAGCUGCCUACAGCUCCACCAAGGGUGCAAUGACCACGCUGACCAAAUCCAUGGCCCUGGAGCUGGGACCAUACAAGAUCCGGGUGAACUCCGUGAAUCCAAUGGUGGUGCUGACAGCAAUGGGCCAAAAAGUCUCGGCUGAUCCUGAGUUCUCCCGGAAGCUGAAGGAGCGCCACCCGCUGAAGAAGUUCGCAGAGGUGGAAGACGUGGUCAACAGCAUCCUCUUCCUGCUCAGCGACCGCAGCGCCUCCACCAGCGGGUCAGGUAUCCUGGUGGACGCCGGGUACCUGGCCUCCUAGAGCGCCACGCUCUGGGCGCCAGCGGGAUGGUGCGCGGCGAGCCUGGCCCCGCCUCCACGCCCCGCCGCCUAGCCCUCAGGCCUCCAGGGCCACCAGGCGAACGCUUCUCCGCGUCCUAGGCCACGCCCCCGACGCCAUCCACGCCCACGCCCAGACAACCAUCUGCAGGCCCCGGCCCACGGUUUGGUCCCACCUCCACGACACACUUCGGCAGCGCCCCACCAGCCUGCAAAGCCAUACCUGCCCCACCCUGCCCACCCCCGAACCAGACCACAUUCCUCCACAUCCACACCCAAUGUGUGGAUGCCAGGAGACCCAGUCCCUGUCGAUCCCACCCACUGUGUGGUCCAAUGAGCUAGGGUGGAU